AUGAACGUGAUCCUCUUUGGCGACCAGACGGCGGAUCCUCAGCAGUUCUUGACGAAGGUCCUGCGCCGCAAAGGAUCUCCCCUCCUCUCCUCAUUCUUGGAGCAAGCACAGGUCGUCCUUCAAGAAGAGGUGUCGUCUCAAUCACCCAGCCAUCGGCGGGAGCUGCCUGCCUUUUCGAAUAUUGCCGAGCUUGUUGAGAGAUACUACAAAGCCGAUCGACCCAAUAUUGCGAUUGAGAGCACCGUCACCUGCUUGGCCCAGUUGGUUCAUUUCAUAGGAUACUACGAACAAUACCCUCUCGAGUAUCCUCGAUCCGCUAGCUCACAGAUUCUGGGGAUCUGCACUGGACUCCUCUCCGCAUCUGUUGCUGCUUCGAGCAACUCCCUGUCCUCCUUUGUACCCCUCGCAGUGCAGGCAGUGCGAAUUGCUUUCCGAACAGGCUCAAGAGUCUCAACUAUUGCAGAACAACUGGAGCGCACAACAGACCAGUCGAAAACAUGGUCCACUGUAGUUGUUGGGAUCACUCGAGACGAUGCAGAGAUCGCUCUAGCGGAAUUCAACCGUGCACACGGUCUUUCAAAGUCCAAGUGUCUCUACACCAGCGCUGUGGGGUCUAUGUCCGUGACAAUCAGCGGACCACCAUCCGUGCGCGAUCGCCUCUUCGAUACAUCACUUCCCUUCCAAAAUCUUCAGCGAAGGGAAAUCCCAAUCAAAGGACCUUACCAUGCGGCCCAUCUUUACAAUGCAUUGGAUGUGGACAGAAUCAUUGACGCGGAUAUUGCUAGUCGCCUGGAGAAAUAUUCAGUGAUACACCCGGUCACGGGAAUGUCACAGUCGGGCUCUACAUUGGAGCUUUUCCAAGACUGCAUUCGGGACAUUCUGUGCAACCAAGUUCAGUGGGAAGCACAAGUUAAAGCUUGUGUUGCAGCAGUCCGUUCAUCAUCUGCCUCUGGGGUCAGGGUCCUUGCCAUGGGACCAACUGCACUCGCCAAUCCCCUCGUAUCGGCCUUGAAGGUGGGAGGCGGUCUAUCCAUAAUUUUGGAGGAUGGGGUGUCUUUCUUGGCUCAAAAUCGACUGCCCAAAGCACCUAUGGGUGAACUCAGGAACUCCAAGAUCGCAAUCAUCGGAAUGGCUGGCAGGUUCCCAAAUGCCGCAGACCAUGAGGCUUUCUGGGAUCUGCUUGUGCAAGGGCUUGAUGUUCAUCGCGAGAUACCUGGUGACCGCUUUGAUGCCCAAGCACACUGUGAUCCAACUGGAAAAGGCAGGAACAAGAGUCAUACCCCAUAUGGCUGCUUCAUCGACAGUCCUGGCUUAUUCGACCCCCGGUUCUUCAACAUGUCUCCACGGGAAGCUACCAAAACCGAUCCGAUGCAGAGGUUGGCUUUGUCCACCGCUUAUGAGGCUAUGGAGCAGAGCGGCUUCGUCUCUGAUCGCACACCGUCCACAAUGAAGCACCGUGUUGCUACUUAUUAUGGACAGACUAGCGACGACUGGCGUGAAAUCAAUGCCGCUCAGGAUAUUGAUACCUAUUUCAUCACUGGUGGCGUCAGAGCUUUUGGACCCGGCCGAAUCAACUACCACUUCGGGUUCAGCGGACCAUCUUUCAGUGUUGAUACAGCAUGCUCUAGCAGCUUUGCUGCGAUCCAAUUAGCCUGCACAUCAUUGAGAGCCGGCGAGUGCGAUACAGCAUUUACUGGCGGCAUGAACAUUUUGAGCAAUCCCGACAUCUUCAGCGGGCUUUCCAAGGGACAGUUCUUAUCGAAGACUGGAUCUUGCAAGACCUAUGACGCAGGUGCGGAUGGUUAUUGCCGUGGCGAUGGUGUUGUCACUUUGAUUCUCAAACGGCUCGAUGAUGCAAUUGCAGAGAACGAUCCGAUUCUCGGUGUUAUCAACGGUAUCGCAACAAAUCACAGCGCAGAGGCUGUCUCAAUCACCCACCCGCAUGCCGGAGCCCAGAAGUUCCUGUUUCAGAAGGUCAUGGACGAGGCUGAGGUCGACGUCCGGUCGGUGAACUACGUCGAGAUGCACGGGACUGGGACACAAGCUGGCGACGGAGUAGAGAUGGAUUCAGUGUCUUCAGUCUUUGCUCCUACGGCCGCAAGUAAGAGGAUGCGUGGUAAGGACCAGCCGCUGUUUGUUGGGUCUGUCAAGUCUAAUAUUGGACACGGAGAAGCAGUCUCUGGGGCCUGUGCGAUGGUGAAGGUUCUGAUGAUGUUUCAGAAGAACUUGAUUCCACCGCAUUGUGGAGUCAAAACCUCGAUCAAUCCGGCUUUCCCUAAAGAUCUCAAAGAGCGAUCUUUGGAUAUUGCUUUCAAACCUACGCCAUUUGUCCGAUCUGCAGAAUCCCCUCGCUACGUCUUUAUCAAUAAUUUCAGCGCUGCGGGAGGGAACACCGCGCUGUUGCUUGAGGACGCACCGAGGAAGCCAUUGUUGAAGAUCGACCCUCGGUCCAGCCACCUCGUGAUCAUCACUGCCAAAUCCCUGUCUUCAUUCAAACAGAAUGCAAAGAGGCUUCUGGCGUGGGCAAGUGACAAGAAUGAUUCAAUCCUUCCCAGUCUGGCAUACACAACAACAGCACGACGCAACCAUUACCCUUACCGCCUCGCGUUUGAAGCGAAUACCAUGAGUCAUGUCCGUAAUACUCUGGGCCCUCUGAUCGAGGCUUCCCGGGCCCCAAUCUCUUCCAGCAAGAAGCCUUCUGUGGCUUUCAGCUUCACUGGUCAAGGUUCUCACUACCUUGGGAUGGGCAAGACACUUUUUGAAGAUGUGCCUCAAUUCCGUCGAGAUAUCGAGGACUUCGACCAAAUCGCUACCAGCCACGACUUCCCCUCUUUCAUCGGCCUCAUCGAUGGCAGCAUUGCUGAUCUUGCUACCGUAUCCCCUGUCGUCACUCAACUUGCGAUUGCGUGCCUCGAGAUGGCCAUCGCCAAGCUCUGGGACUCUUGGGGAGUCAAACCAUCUGUUGUCAUCGGACACUCUUUGGGUGAGUACGCAGCCCUUCAGGUCGCCGGGGUUAUAUCAGUAGUCGACACCAUUCUUCUCGUAGGACACCGUGCGCAACUUCUGGUCUCGAAGUGUGCCAUGGGUAGUCACGGCAUGCUGGCAGUGCGAGCCAGUCUCUCUACGAUAGAGCCAAUGAUUUCUCACAUUCCUGUCGAGAAGGCUUGCCACAAUGGUCCAGAAGAUCUCGUUUUCUCCGGUACAGUCGAUAGCAUCGAGCAACUCAGAGAGACCUUGACGGCAGCUGGGUUCAAAGCGACUAAGCUCAAUGUCCCCUACGCUUUUCACUCAGCCCAGGUCGACCCUAUACUUGAGGACUUCAAGCAGCUCGCCAAAGCCAUUGUUUUCCAUCAGCCACGUGUACCAGUCAUCUCCACUUGCCUAGGCAGUGUUGUUUCACAAUCGGAUAUUUUCGGGCCAGAAUACCUUGCCAGACACUGCAGAGAGAGUGUGAACUUCUUUGGUGGUAUCAGCUCUGCCCUUGACAGCGGCUUUAUCAGCAGCGAGAGUGCCUGGAUCGAGGUUGGUCCUCAUCCAAUCUGCUCCAAUAUGGUCAAGAGUACCCUUGGAAAGGAGACUACCGCCGUACCAUCCCUUAAUCGUAAUGACAAUCCCUGGAAGACACUCUCGAGCAGCUUGUCGUCGCUCUUCAACAUGGGCGUACGCAUUGACUGGUCUGAGUAUCACCGUGACUUUAGCCAAUCCCAUGAGGUUCUGCCGCUUCCAUCAUACGCCUACGACGACAAGAACUAUUGGAUCGACUACGUUGGUAAUUGGACUCUGACGAAGGGUGACACUUUCAAGGCUGCACCACCAGUCAAGCCGAAGUUCUCAACAACCUCGAUACAGAAGAUCACUCACGAGCAAAUUGACUUCGACUCCGCGGUCGUUACUGCCGAAUCAGAUCUUGCUGAGCCGCUACUACGUGCCGUGGUUGAGGGGCACUCAGUCGCCGGUGCUGGUCUUUGUCCGUCGACGCUCCUAGCAGAUAUGGCUAUGACACUUUGUGAUUACGCCUACAAAACUGCCAGGCCGGAUGCCCCUAAACCAUACGUCAACAUCAUGAACAUGGAGAAUCACAAGACUCUGAUCCUCAAUGUCACAAAGAGCUCCCCUAGCCAGAUUGUCAGAGUUGAGGCCAAACUAGACUUCGCUUCCGGAAAGGGUGAAAUGUUCUUCCGGGCCGUUGGGUCUGAUGGAAGCCUCGUUGAUCACUCAAGAUGCGACAUCAAUUAUGAAGACCCGGCCGCAUGGACCAAGGAGUGGGAGAGGCAGAAGUUCCUCGUCCAAACCCGUGUUGAUAUGUUGAAGAAUGGGGGCAAGGGUAUCCAUACUGUCCAGCGAGGAUUGGCUUACAAGCUUUUCUCUGCCCUUGUCACUUACGACGACAAAUUCCGAGGGAUGGAGGAAGUCAUAUUGAAUAGCGAUGCAUUGGAAGCAACUUCCGUUGUCAACUUCCAGGCAAGCAGCAAGGAUGGCAACUUCUUCAUGAGCCCCUACUUUAUCGACAGUGUUUGUCACAUCACCGGCUUCAUUAUGAAUGCCAACGAUGCUGUGGAUUCCAAGAAGCAGGUCUACAUUUCUCAUGGCUGGGAAACACUGCGAUUCGCGAAGCCCCUCGAAGCCGAUAAGCAAUACAGAUCUUACUGCAGAAUGCAGCCUGUUGCUGGAGCUGGCAAAAUGGUUGCUGGUGAUGUCUAUGUCUUCGAAGGAGAUGAUAUCAUUGGAGUUGCUGGUGGUGUCAGAUUUCAAUGUGUGCCACGAGCCCUGCUUGAUACCCUUCUGUCGCCAGCGAAGAGCAAGGCGGAUUCCACCCCAACCAUGCCAGCACCAGUCUCGAAGGUCAAGCAGCAGACCGUACCCAAGACCAGGACCAGCACAAAGAGCCGAAUUUCAGCAGCUGCCGAAAAACUCUCCUCUGCUCAGGCAGUCAAAGCCACGAAAGAGUCAGAAGCAAAAAAUCUGGAAGUCGUGGUCACUAGCAAUCUGGUUGCCAAAGCUAUGCAGAUUAUUGCCGAUGAAGUCGGUUGUGAGAUGUCCGAACUUGCAGAUCCUAUUGAGUUGUCCGAUCUCGGUGUCGACUCACUGAUGGCACUCACUAUUUCGGGUAGAUUCCGCGAAGAAUUGGAGCUUGACUUUUCCAGUACUGUCUUCAACGACUUAUCUACAAUCUCUCACCUCAAAUCUCAUCUGCGCCAGUUCGAGAGUGUCAGCGAGUCCUCCGCAGGAUCUUCGGGAAUGUCAACACCAGACAUGGUUGACUCGGACACUAGCGACUCCGAGUAUUCAUACAAUUCGGAUAACGAGGCAAUGAUCGAGGAAUUGAACGAAAAUGAUGAAUCUGAGGAAUCGGAUCUCAUUCACACCAUUCGCUCAACCAUUGCUGAAGAGAUGGGAGUCGAGCUGGAGGAAAUCACGGACAACACAGACCUGGCCACCAUGGGAAUGGACUCUCUGAUGUCUUUGAGCAUCCUCGGCGCAUUGAGAGAAAAGACGGGCUUGACGAUGAAUUCUGACCUGCUGGUCAGUAAUACAUCGAUCGACAUGAUUGAGACAUCUCUGGGCCUCCGAAAGGCCAAGUCCCAAGUAGCAUCUCUCGCCCUGAACCCCUCCGUCCUCAAGGCAUCAGUUCCACUGCCGAUGCCUACGCCCAAAGCAGAAAGAUUCUCGACGGCAUCUUAUCCCCCAGCAAGCUCCAUUCUCCUUCAGGGCAACCCCAGAACGGCGCAACAUACCCUCUUCCUUUUGCCUGACGGAUCUGGCUCGGCAACUUCAUACGCCCCAAUUCCCGAUAUUGCUGCUUCUGACCUUAUCGUCUACGGUCUCAACUGUCCGUUCAUGAAGACGCCCGAAGACUUUACCAUCGGCGUCGCAGCAGUGUGCCAGAUCUACAUGGCUGAGAUUCAACGCCGCCAGCCAAAGGGCCCUUACAAGCUUGGUGGUUGGUCAGCGGGAGGAGUGCUUGCUUACGAGAUGACUCGACAGUUCAUCCGCAAGGGUGAGACGGUCGAGAGACUUCUCUUGAUAGACUCUCCCUGCCCUGUGAAGCUGGAAGCUCUACCAUCUUCAUUCCACCGUUACUGCGACAAGAUUGGUCUCCUCGGCAAGCCUGGCGCCAAGAUCCCCAGCUGGCUGCUGCCACAUUUUGCCUCUGCCGUCCGGGAACUGACAAACUACUCUGAUAGUUUGGGGGAUGCGAAUGAUAUUGAUGUGUCGAAGAUGCCUCCCACCACAGCGAUCUGGGCUCGUGAUGGCAUCGUCCAUCUGGAGACCGACCCAAAGCCUGAGUGGGACCCUGCUGUGCCCAUGCCAAACUCCAUGGACUGGCUUACCCACAACCGCACCGAUCUCGGCCCCAACGGCUGGGAAAAGCUGGUCGGCGCUGAGAAUAUCGAAUGUCAGAGCACGGCAGGGAAUCACUUCACCAUGAUGAGACAGCCAGUCACGGCAGAACUGGCAGCCUUGAUGAAAGCGGCUCUCAAGCUAUAG